CUAAUGGCUUCUGGCCUUUGCCCCUCCAGGUUGGAGCUGUUGCGGGUGAGCUGCUGCGGUCCGUAGCCAAGCAUGCUGUGGUCGGAUCUGCCCAGCUGUGGAACAGAAACAUUUGCUGGAUGGAAAAUCCAUAAAAGAAAGCUGCUGUGAGAGCCUGAGCCAGACCAUAACUUAAGCAGGAUCAGAUACAUCUGGGCUGCCUGACCUCACUGAGCGAUUGCUAUUAAUUAACAAGACUUUGUGGGAGAAAGGAACUUGCCUUUUGAGCUUUGUACCAAAGAUCUGGGAAAACCAACCCUCUCAGUCUUCCCGAGCAGUGGAGACUCCCGAGGCCCCUGCAAUGUGCUGACUGGUCGCUAUGGGCAGACGGUACCCGGAGGCUCACUGUCAUCCAGGCAGCUCAUCUGCCGCGGGUGUAGACACUCUGGCGGUGUUUAUGGCCAGCAGCGGAACCUCAGAUGUCACGCAUCGGAACAGCCCGGUCACACCACCGAAUACCCUUAAUCUCCGUUCCUCCCACAAUGAACAGUUGAAUGCCGAAAUCAAGCACACGGAAGCCAAGAACAGCACACCCCCCAAAUGCAGGAAAAAAUAUGCACUAACUAACAUCCAGGCAGCCAUGGGCCUCUCCGACCCUGCCGCACAGCCUCUGCUGGGAAAUGGCUCGGCCAACAGCAAGCUGGUGAAAAACGGGGAGAACCAGCUCCGGAAGGCUGCAGAGCAGGGACAGCAGGACCCCAACAAAAACGUCAGUCCCACUGCCGUCAUCAACAUAACUUCUGAGAAGUUAGAAGGCAAAGAGCCCCAGCCGCAGGAUUCCCCGGGGUGUGAAAUUUUACCCUCCCAGCCCAGGAGAACCAAGAGCUUCCUCAAUUACUAUGCAGACCUGGAAACCUCAACCAGAGACCUCGAGCCGGACGCGGGCAGCCAGCAUGGGGUCGUGGAGGAGAAGUCGCAGGCGGGCCAGGGCCAGGCCUCCACCGUCAUUGGGAAUGGUGACAUGCUGCUGCAGAAACCAAACAAGUCCCAGUGCAGCCCCGAAGAUGGCCCAGUAGCCACAGUGUCAUCCAGCCCCGAGACCAAGAAGGAUCAUCCGAAAACAGGGGCCAAAACGGACUGUGCCCUGCACCGGAUCCAGAACCUGGCGCCCAGCGACGAGGAGUCCAGCUGGACCACACUGUCCCAUGACAGCGCCUCGCCCAGCUCCCCGGACGAAGCAGCAGAUGUAUGGAGUGAUCACUCAUUUCAGACCGACCCGGAUUUGCCUCCUGGCUGGAAAAGAGUCAGUGACAUCGCUGGGACCUAUUACUGGCACAUACCAACAGGAACGACACAGUGGGAGCGCCCUGUCUCCAUCCCAGCGGACCUUCAGGGAUCUAGGAAAGGCUCGCUUAGUUCUGUAACGCCAUCUCCCACCCCAGAGAACGAGAAACAGCCAUGGAGUGAUUUUGCUGUUCUGAAUGGGGGGAAGAUUAAUAGUGACAUUUGGAAGGAUCUGCACGCCGCCACCGUUAACCCGGACCCCAGUCUCAAAGAGUUUGAAGGAGCAACACUGCGCUAUGCAUCUUUGAAACUCAGAAAUGCCCCUCAUGCUGAUGACGAUUCUUGUAGUAUCAACAGCGACCCAGAAGCGAAGUGUUUUGCUGUGCGCUCCCUGGGAUGGGUAGAAAUGGCAGAGGACGACCUCGCCCCUGGGAAGAGCAGUGUUGCCGUCAACAACUGCAUCCGGCAGCUCUCUUACUGCAAAAACGACAUCCGGGACACGGUCGGCAUCUGGGGAGAGGGGAAGGACAUGUACCUGAUCCUGGAGAACGACACGCUCAGCCUGGUGGACCCCAUGGACCGCACGGUGCUCCACUCGCAGCCCAUCGUGAGCAUCCGCGUGUGGGGCGUGGGCCGCGACAACGGCCGAGAUUUUGCUUACGUAGCAAGAGACAAAGAUACAAGAAUUUUGAAAUGUCAUGUAUUUCGAUGUGACACACCAGCAAAAGCCAUCGCCACAAGUCUCCACGAGAUCUGUUCCAAGAUUAUGGCCGAACGGAAGAAUGCCAAAGCCCUGGCCUGCAGUUCCUUACAUGAAAGAACCAAUGUGAAUCUCGACGUUCCCUUGCAAGUAGAUUUUCCAACACCAAAGACUGAGCUGGUGCAGAAGUUCCACGUGCAGUACUUGGGCAUGUUACCUGUGGACAAGCCAGUCGGAAUGGACACCCUGAACAAUGCCAUAGAGAGUCUAAUGACCUCGUCCAGCCAGGAGGAUUGGCCGUCCGUGAACAUGAGCGUGGCCGAUGCCACUGUGACUGUCAUCAGUGAGAAGAACGAAGAGGAAAUCUUAGUGGAGUGUCGGGUGCGGUUUCUGUCCUUCAUGGGCGUCGGGAAGGAUAUCCAUACAUUUGCCUUCAUCAUGGACACCGGGAACCAGCGCUUCGAGUGCCACGUGUUCUGGUGCGAGCCUAACGCCGCUAACGUGUCCGAGGCGGUGCAGGCCGCCUGCAUGUUGCGAUACCAGAAGUGCUUGGUAGCCAGGCCGCCCUCACAGAAAGUCCGGCCACCUCCUCCGCCAGCAGACUCCGUGACCAGACGGGUCACAACCAAUGUGAAACGCGGGGUCUUGUCCCUCAUUGACACUUUGAAACAGAAACGCCCUGUCACGGAAACGCCGUAGCUGCGGAUGCUAAAGGGUCCGUCACCUUUCCCUGGAGAUCGAAUAGCUACACUAAAGAACAUGGACAGUGUCCGGCCUUCCAUUCAGUUGCUGAUGCUUUGUCUUCAGAAAAUGUAUCCUUCACCGAACAGUGUUAGACAAGCAUGUUCUCUCUCUUGCCACCAUCAUGUGAUAUGAAAAGAAGCAUGACUAAUUUUUUUGCUGUAAGUUACAUCAUGAGCCGUGGAAGGUCUUUUUCUUAUUGUAAAUAUCGUGAACAUGAUUAACUUCACACACACAGGGAAGAAUGUGGCCACCCCCCUCCCUCCUCGCGAACUGAUGCCGAGUCCUUGGAGUGAAUGACGCCCGGGUUACGGUCUUCGUGACAGGAUCUGUCCUGAGCAGCGUUGCAGUCCUACAGCACUUCGUCCUGUGUUCAACAUUGGAGAAGACACUGCAUCCCAGACACCACUGAGAUGCUGUAAAAAUAGGAUGGUUUUUAGUUAAAUUCAUAAAAUUGGACCUUUUCGUUGUCAAAAUUGGCUAUUGGCAUCAGAAUGGAAACCGACUGGCCGCUUUCCUUGACAAGCUCGACACGUGGACACCAUUUCAUGUCUGCAGCUGAUUGUGGGGUAUUGGGGGGAAAAUGAAACUUCACAAUUGAAAACAAACCAAAUGUCAGAAAUUAAAAUUGAACAAAAAUAGCCUUUCUUUUCAGAUGGUUUUCAAACCGAUUAAGAAAAAGGAAGAGGUUAACAAAAUCAUAAUGCAUUUUGGGUGGGACAUAUUCAAACUUCUGCCUUAUAUUGUACAAUGCAGCUAGAGAAUUAUAGUUCACUAUGGCCAUUCUCUGCAUAAACAACAUUAAAAUGAAGUAUUCCUUGUAAGCCUUUUGUCCUUAGUUUGCUAAUUAGCCAAUAUGCAAUUUGGAAUUGAGGAAAUGCCAUUUAUAUUUUAUAUUGUUACCACACGUUAUUUUGUUAGUCCACCUCCUAAAUAAACGUCUGCUAGGAUUCCGCAUCUGGCUCAAUCUUACCCUAAUGCUUUUUGCCCAGAAAGCUGUCUGUCCAUCAUGUAUUUCCCAUGGCAACAAAUUACAUUAAGUUGAACCUUUCUUGGAUUUAUGUGUUUACUAUCAGAAUUUGUUAGACUCCACUAGCUAUAUUUUUUAAUUUAUCUUUUUUUCAUUAUAUUUUCAAGAUUUAAAAAUUUAAUAUCAGAGCAAAAUCUAUAUAAGGACAAUAUACUAUUUAACAAGUUUCCCAAAACUAACGCUUUCCUCCUCCUCUCUCUAUAGGUAUGAAACUUAGCUGUAAGUCACAGACUUAGACCCUUGUUAACAUUGUUUUAAAAGGAAUUUGCUAAGGAGAUCAAUCCAAACAUUCGUCUUUUUAAUGUCAACGUUAACAUUUUACAACAUCCAGUGAUAAAACUGCUUUCUGUAUAUCCCCUGCUAUGUGCUUGUCAUAUGGUUUCCACAUCCUUAUCACACUUGAGCCUUAUAAGGUAGAGAAGGUACUAAACACAUUUGAGAAAUAAAAACAUGAAGUACCGAGGCACUCAGUCUCUAAGCCUGAGGUCUGACCAAAGUUGGUGAGAAAACCAGGACUAGGACCCAGGCUUCCCCUCCCAUUUGUAGGCUAUGCCGCUUCCUCACCAGCCAGGGCAUCUUCACACGCUGACUCUGGGCAAACCCAAUUAUGGUCAGGAAAUCGCAGCAUUCCCUGUAGAAGUAGGAAAUGUGGCGGAAUUCCUCUCACUGGUAUGAAUUAUAACACCCUUGCCUUCUCGGCCCAGGGCUGUCCUGCAGAGUGCCUCUGGUGUGUUGGAGAGGACAGAAUCCCAGGCAUUUUUCCAGAGAUGAUGUUAGGGGUGGUGGAGAUAGUCCUAAUCCACGCAGCUUAGCCACCAGAGAACAUGGAAUGAGGAGUGGCCUCCUGCCUCUGUUCCCUCUCAGAAUUCUGGAAUUGUGGCUGGCACCUUCAUGUUAUGACAAAAAAGAUGCCCCUCUAGAAAUGAAUUAUACUUCUCACCAGCCUAUAUGCUUCUAUCUGAAGUAACCAAUACCAUUUUCAGAAAUUAUUGCAUUAAGAAAAUCCAUACUGUGCCCUUUGAAAGCUUUUCAAAUUCAAUCAUGAUCCUCUUUCAUCUUGAUCUCCACAAUGAAAUGUUUUAGUAUGAUAAACUUCAAACUUCUGAACAACAAAUCCACUUUUAUAUUGGAAAUCUCUACCAGAACCCUGUGUUCAUUUUUUAAGGCAUAUGUUUGUUUAUUUACAGGACCAGGCAUACUGAGCUAGCUUUAAGUAGCAAACUGAUUUAUAUAUGCAAUUAUAGGAUACAUUAAAAUGAAUGAUAGCCUUUACAUAUUGAAAACUUUACUGCAGAUGCUUUGUUUUGAAGGUAGCUUUGCAUACGAAAUGUGGUUAAUUUUGUAAAGUUACUUAUGUUAAACAGUAUGUUCAGACACUUUCUGCCAUGGCCAAAAAGUAUAUAUGAAAGUGUGUGUGUGUUUCUGUGCAGGGACACCAGUGUUUGACAUGAUGUUGUAGCGACACUCUGUUAUCUAUGCAUUCUUUAUGUCUGUCCUUUGGUAAACAGGCAGCCAUGUUCACUAUGCCUUGUAUGUCUUCUCAUUUUUUUAAUUAACCUGUUAAAUACAGCUUAAAAUAUUUUUAUUUAUUCUAUUUUUACUGAAAUAUACUGCAUUAUUGUGUUAAUGUAUUAUCUUUACUGGAUAUUAUCUCACAGUGUAUCCAGGUCUACGUAAUCUCAGUGAACUAUUCUUUGCCUAAAAGGUGGUUUUGUAAUGAUUUGUAGUCACAUUUUUAUUGGACUAUGUAGAUGAAAAUGCUUAAAGUUCAUUUUAUUUUUUACAAGCAGCUAGACAGACACAGACUUGCCACCUCAUAUAUGUGCUCAUGGGCGGCAUCAAGGGGAAUGGCCAACAUGCCUAGGGCUCAAGUUUUUACUUUGCAAACUAAAGCACUGCUCGGUGCUGCAUUUUUAUAUCACAACGUGUGUGAUCUCCUCCGAAAGAGACACAUGUCCACAUGCCUUUGUUUCCACCCAGAGCUCAUUAGAACCAUUGUUUUUUGUUUGUGUCUUAUUGCAUGAAGGGACAUUCUUCUCAUUUCCAUUAAAAUAAGUUCUUGGUGAUAACCUGUUGGCACUGCUACUUUUUUAAAAAAAUUCACUUUAUGACUUUAUGAUCGACAUUGGUAAAUGAUUCUACGGAAGGUCAUUUACUAGGAGCCCUAAACCUUUCCUCCUUUUCUCAUUUGACACACUCGUUUUUGUAAGCAUUGCAACACAUUCAAAAUUUCACAAACAACUUGGGAAACAUUUCCCUGGUAUUAGCACAAUUUAGUGAAACCACUCGCUCUCUGGCUUGCCAGACUGACUUCCCUAUUCCACAGCUAACAGGUUGUUACAUAGCCAGCAACAUGAAGUGUAUUUCAGCUUCAGGGGAACGCACUGCUCACACUUUAUUGAGAGCUCUCCCUGCCACCCAAAGCAGCUUGUUUAUCCUGAAAGAACAUUUGGUUUUGCUUUCUUGCCCAUUUACUGUUGACCACUUUUACACAUUUAAAUGUAAUAUGUUGUGAGAAUAAACUUAGCUGCACAAA